UCCAAUGAUGUAUGCUUUCAUACCAAUUGCAGUAGAUUUUGAAGAUGAUUUUGUUUGGUCACCAAGCUUUGGUGACGACACCGGGUUGUUUACGUAAUUCACUUUACGCCCGUCGCGUCGUCGCGUCUCCACCUACCCAAGCAACGUUUCAAUUGCAAAUCUAAACCAAUUCCCCAUCGCAACAAAAAGCUGUUGGGGGGUUUUGCCACGAUGGUUAAACCAAGGUCAACUCCAGUUAAGACACAGAAAUCAAUAUCUAGUUUCUUUACUCCAAAAUCGAGUCAAAAACCUCAAAAUUCAAGUCCGCCACCUGCUUCCAAUGUCCCAGAAAAUCUGUAUGAUGGCCAAAGUGACCAGGAAACAAAUGAAGCAGCGAAGACUUCUGGAAAUAGUUUGAAGCGGAUAUUAGAGGAAGACGCAAAUGGAGCAAAUACUGGAGCGACAGAAAGACCAUCCAAACGUGCAAGAAAUGUUCAUGCUGAGGAAGAAGAUGGCGAAGGCUCCAGCCUGCCACCUGCUAAUGCUCGAAAGGCGCCGUCUAGCUCAGCACUAGGCAAGUCCAGGCCAUCUCCACGAACGAACAAAUAUAUGUUCUCGGGGUCGAGUCAAUCAGCAGCUGCGGAACCUACAAUUGAGGAGGAACCCGAAGAAGAAUCGGAGAAAGCACGGAAGGCCGAGUUACACAGGAAGUUUGUCAAGAAAUUGGGACAUCCGGAUAGCAUUAAACGGAGUAUACCUGAAGAUGAUGCAGCCUUAGAGGGCGGGGAUGAAGAUAUGGAGGAUGAGGAAGAACCACCGGCGCCUGUGAAGACCAAGAAGAAGGGAGCAAAGACGGGAAAAUUGACCCCAAUGGAGUUACAAGUUCUCGACAUUAAACGCAAACAUAUGGAUACAUUGCUCAUCGUAGAAGUUGGUUAUAAGUUUAAAUUCUUUGGCGAAGAUGCAAGAACAGCAGCAAAAGUGCUUAGCAUCGUGUGUAUACCGGGCAAAUUUCGAUUCGAUGAGCGUAAGCUGUCUGUUCUUGAACUACCUGAUGAUGUUUCUGACGCAACCUAGAUCCUUCAGAGGCGCAUCUCAAUUACUUUGCAUCCGCGAGUAUUCCCGUUCAUCGACUUCCCAUCCACGCAAAGAGGCUGGUGGCAGCGGGCCACAAAAUUGGUAUAGUUCGACAAACGGAAACAGCCGCGCUGAAGAAGGCUGGAGACAACCGGAAUACUCCUUUCGUUAGAAAACUUACAAAUGUUUAUACUAAAGGCACAUACAUUGAUGAUAUUGAAGGAUUAGAUUCGACUGACGCACCAUCUGGUGGUGCUCCAGCAACAGGUUACCUUCUCUGCAUAACGGAAACAAAAGCUAAAGGAUGGGGAACGGACGAGAAAGUUGAAGUUGGCAUAUUGGCUGUCCAACCGGCGACGGGGGAUGUCAUAUACGAUAAUUUUGAAGAUGGCUUCAUGCGGAGUGAAGUCGAGACACGAUUACUACAUAUUGCCCCUUGCGAAUUUUUAAUAGUUGGGGAGCUUACAAAAGCUACCGAAAAGCUUGUACAACAUCUUUCAGGUAGCACUACCAACGUUUUUGGCGAUAUAAUCAGGGUUGAGCGGGUAGGAAAGCCUAAAACUAUGGCUGCCGAGUCAUAUUCCCAUGUGGCCCAGUUUUAUGCAGAUAAAUUGAAAGCUCAUCAGAGCAGCAACAAUGCGCGAGAACAGGAGCUUUUAGAGAAAGUUUUGAGACUUACUGAGCCGGUUACCAUUUGUCUGUCUGCUAUGAUUACGCAUAUGACCGAGUAUGGGCUGGAACAUGUGUUUGAUCUCACCAAAUACUUCCAGUCGUUCAGUGCUCGAUCUCACAUGGCACUAAACGGAAACACUCUUACGAGCCUCGAGAUUUAUACGAAUCAGACAGAUCAUACCGAGAAAGGAAGUCUCUUUUGGACUCUGGAUAAAACUCAAACGAGAUUUGGACAGAGGCUACUGCGAAAGUGGGUCGGUAGACCUCUUCUCGAUAAACAGCGCUUGGAAGAGAGAGUCGCCGCAGUGGAGGAAUUGAAAGAUAAUGCCAACACCCCAAAAGUAGACAAAUUAAACGCCACUCUCCGGGAAGUUAGGUCAGAUCUAGAGAGAAGCUUACUCCGCAUAUACUAUGGCAAAUGCACGCGACCAGAGCUACUCACGGUUCUUCAGACGAUGCAAAGAAUAGCCAACGAAUUUGCACCUGUCAAAACACCCUCCGAUGCAGCAUUUGACUCGGUUCUUCUCAAUGAAGCUGUAGCAUCCCUUCCCGCAAUCGGUGGAGUUGUGAUAUCCUUCCUCGAAAAGAUCAACGCACAAGCCGCUCGCAAGGACGACAAAUACGCGUUCUUCCUUGAAGAGUACGAAACUGAAGAAAUAGGUGAGCAUAAAUGUGGCAUUGGAGCCGUGGAACAAGACCUCGAGGCCCACCGCAAGGAGGCCGCCUCCAAACUAUCCAAGAAAACCCCCGUCACAUAUGUCACCAUAGCUGGAAUUGAAUACCUCAUCGAAGUUCCCAACAGCGAUCUCAAAAAAGUACCCGCUUCCUGGGUUAAGAUAUCCGGCACCAAAAGUAAUUCCCGUUUCCACACACCCGAAGUCAUCAAAUUCCUCCGCGAACGUGAUCAACACAAAGAAUCACUCUCCUCAGCCUGCGAUACCGCAUUCCUCACCUUCCUCGCCGAAAUAUCCACCCACUACGCCCUCAUCCGUGAUACCAUAUCCCAGCUCGCUACACUAGACUGUCUCCUCUCGCUCGCGGCCGUGGCUUCCCUCCCCGGCUACUGCAAACCCACCUUCACCUCCACAACCGAAAUUUCCGUCAUCGGCGGCCGCCACCCCAUGGUCGAACAACUCCUCCCCUCAACCUACAUCCCCAACGACACAUCCCUUUCCACUGACCACGAAAAUACACGCGCCCUUUUAAUCACCGGUCCAAACAUGGGCGGAAAAUCCUCUUACGUGCGCCAAGUAGCUUUAAUAUCCAUCCUCGCCCAAAUCGGCUCUUACGUACCUGCUGAAUCCGCCCGCUUAGGUUUAUUAGAUGGUAUAUAUACACGUAUGGGCGCAUAUGAUUCAUUAUUUACCGCACAGUCAACAUUUAUGGUAGAGCUUUCCGAAACGGCAUCGAUACUCAAAUCAGCAAGUCCGAGAUCUCUAGUUAUAUUGGAUGAACUGGGACGAGGAACCAGUACGCAUGACGGGGUGGCAAUAGCAGAAGCAGUGUUGGAUUGGGUGGUUAGGGAAACGAGGUGCUUGUGUUUAUUUAUUACACAUUAUCAGACAUUGGCUAGCGUGGCAAGAGGAUUCGAGAAAGGAAAGGAGUUGAGGAAUGUGCAUAUGAAGUUUACUGCUGAGAGCAAUGGAAAGCAAGUUUCCAAUGCUAAUGCGGAUAAGGAUGGCGAAGAUGUUCAUGAGGAGAUUACAUUUUUGUAUGAAGUCGGCGAAGGCGUUGCACAUAGAUCCUAUGGUUUGAAUGUCGCACGGUUGGCACGAGUCCCAAAGGCUGUGCUCGAUACUGCUGCGUCUAAAUCACGGGAGCUUGAGACGGAAGUGAAACAGAAAAAGCUAUUGGGACUUUCUAAGAUGAUUUCUAAUGUACUAGAGAAUGAUGUAGAUCAGCUAGAGCAGCUUAUAAUCGGUAUGGAGCAGCUGUAAAACAAAUAUAUGAUACCAAGUCAAAAAAUUAGAUAGCAAUGCAGAACCAGCAUACCCACGCAAUUGUCAGCUCUUUAACGCCUCAUUUCCAGUUAAAAUAAUUGUAGAAUGUAAGAAAGAAUUGGAAAAACAGACUUCCUUAUAAUAUGC